CCAAAGUAGAACUGCAAAACACAUGUACACACUUCUUGACACUGAUCAAUAUCUGAAGCUGCUCCAGGGUCGUCGAUCUCAGUAGCCGAUUAAGGGAGAUCGAUCGAAGAUCAAUGAUGAUGAUGCGAGUAAUUAGGCGUUGUUCUGAUAACGAGGAUGGAGGAGCAGCUUCAUCUGUUGUUGCCCUAGUACGAGCAGCAGCUCUACUGGUGGCGCUGAUGCAGCCAGCGGCAGCGCAGCAGGUGCCUUCUCCUGGGUACUACCCGAGCUCCACGGUGAGGUCCAUGGCUUUCUCCCAGGGCUACACCAACCUCUGGGGCCCGCAGCACCAGUCUCUCUCCCCUGACCAGUCCUCCCUCACUCUCUUCAUGGACCGCAGCUCAGGGAGCGGAUUCAAGUCGAAGAAGUCGUACCGGAGCGGCUACUUCGGCGUGUCCAUCAAGGUCCAGCCGGGCUACACCGCCGGCGUCAACACCGCCUUCUACUUGUCGAACAGCGAGCUUUACCCGGGGCAGCACGACGAGAUAGACAUGGAGCUCCUGGGCACCAUCCCCGGCGAGCCCUACACGCUGCAGACCAACGUCUAUGUCCACGGCACCGGCGACUCGAACCCGAUAAUCGGCCGGGAGAUGCGGUUCCACCUCUGGUUCGACCCGACCGCCGACUUCCACCACUACGCCAUCCUCUGGGACCAGAACCAGGUCGUCUUCCUCGUCGACGACGUGCCCAUCCGCCGCUACCAGCGGAAGCCCGGCGCGGCGGCGUUGUUCCCGGGCCGGGAGAUGUGGGCCUACGGGUCCGUCUGGGACGCGUCUGACUGGGCCACGGAUGGCGGGAAGUAUAAGGCGGAUUAUAAGUAUGCCCCGUUUGUGGCCCGGUUCAGCGAGUUUAAGCUGGCUGGGUGUGAGGUUGGUGGGCCGGAUGGAUGUAGGCCCGUGGCGACUGGGCCUGGUGGUGGUGGGCUGAGUGGGAAGCAGGAGGAGACUAUGCGAUGGGCCCAGCAGAGGUCCAUGGUGUACUACUACUGCACGGAUCGCUCCAAGAAUCGCGCCAACUACCCAGAGUGCUAAUUAAGCUUGCUCAAGCUUAAUUAGUUUUGUUUACUAUACUAUAUGUGUGUGUACACAGUACAGUGCAGAAGCUGGAGCCAGCGGCGAUUGAUUAACGGAGGCUCCGCGCCGCCCAUCCCUUGUUUUAGUGGUUGAGGCGUACGUAUACACGUAUUUAUGAUAUUUAUACCACACGUGUAUUUAUAGUGUGAUGAUUAUGAAGUUGUGUAUCUUGUGAUAGCAGCAGGAGUGGUUCUGCUGCCAUUGUUAAUUAAGAUCUCAAGAUUAUUCACCAGAUAUGGAUAUGGAUUUAGAGAUCGAUCU